CUAGAAAAAGGUCCUUAAAGAUGUCUGGUAGUUCUAUAGAACUUAGCUCCUACCGUGAUCAGCACUUCAAAGGUUCACGUUCGGAACAAGAGCGAUCUCUGCGGGAAUCGACCACAUUAUAUGUGGGCAAUAUGUCCUUUUACACAACCGAGGAACAAAUUCAUGAACUAUUUUCAAGAUGCGGAGAGGUGAGACGAAUAAUUAUGGGUUUGGAUAAAUAUAAAAAGACACCAUGCGGAUUUUGUUUUGUAGAAUAUUACACCCGUGCAGAUGCGGAAACGGCAAUGAGAUAUGUUAAUGGCACAAGACUGGACGAUCGCUUGAUUCGUGUGGAUUGGGAUGCAGGCUUUAUAGAAGGCCGACAAUAUGGCCGUGGCAAAACCGGGGGACAAGUACGUGAUGAAUAUCGUACAGAUUAUGAUGCCGGUAGAGGUGGAUAUGGCAAACUCUUAUCACAAAAAUUAGAAAUCGUUCCGAAAUGUUAAUUAAGUUAGUUUUGUAUUUUUAAAUAA